CAUUUUCCUAGGGAAAAAUAUACUAUCCCACGUGGCUGUGGAAAAAGAGUUCAGUUUAGACGCUUCCAUUUCACUAGCCUUGUGCUAUGAUGAUGUCUGGUAAUUCGAAUGAAGAAGAAACCGUCGUUUCUGGCGAAAAUACCUUUGAGGUUGUUUGUUAUCAUGUUCAGAAAGUACAACUGAUGUUGGAGCAUGAAGCCCAUCGAAUUCAACAAGAAAAGGAAGCGUUUGACUCGGUGGCCAAGAAACUAAAGCAUGUCCACUUCUCUUCAACUGUUAAACUGAAUGUUGGCGGUCAAAUCUUUACUACAAGUCUCCAGACACUAACCAAAGAUGCUGGAUCAAUGCUACAUGCCAUGUUCUCUGGUCGUUUCGAUACUAAACCAGCAGAAGACGGUAGUUACUUCAUCGAUCGAGAUGGAACGUGCUUCCGUUACAUUCUGAACUACUUGAGGACGGGGAAACUCUUGCUACCAAAUGACGAACUUGUGAAAAGAGAAGUUCUUGAAGAGGCGAAAUUCUACCAGAUUCAAGGUAUUGUCGAUGAGCUGGAUCCAGAACCUUACAGUGACUCGGUGAUUUUGUCUCGUAAUCAACGUCGCUGGCUCACAGAUGUUCAUGGUAACGGAAGAGUGUUCACUGGAUGUACUUUGUUGUAUCGCGCAACGAGAGAUGGAUGGAGUGCUUCAGCGUUUCACUCAAAAUGCGACUCGUUUUUAGGUGCGACAAUGGUGGUGAUUAAAAGUAACGAAGACUAUAUCUUUGGGGGAUACACUGAACGAAACUGGAGAGCCAAAAGAACAGCUGAUGAAGAUGACGAUGGAGCUGUUAACAAGCUUGACUGGGAAGCAUUUCUUUUUAGUCUUGUUUCCCCUCGUGGUGCCACACCCAUUCAGUUAAAGGUAAAGGAGAAUGCAAAUAAAGCAAUAUAUUGCAGUACUAAAUAUGGUCCAAGAUUUGGCGGGAGUGGUUACACCAAUGAUGACUUGAUUAUACGUGGAUAUCCCAACACUCAGCAAUGUACCGUCAGUCUUGGAGGCACUUUUGGGUACCCUGAAGACCUCUCUUCAAACUUUCUUACCGGUAGCGAGAACUUUAAUGUCUCUGAAAUGGAGGUGUUUGGACUUAACGAUAGACUUGUGCGUAAAGAAGUACUAGAAGAAGCGAAGUUUUACCAAAUCCAAGACAUUAUCGACAAGCUUAAACCAAGGCCCUAUGAAGACUCUGAUAUCCUGUCACAAGAACAGCGCACUUGGUUAAGUGAAGCUGUUGGAAAGCCAUACGACGUUUACAGUCUUAUUUACCGCGCCACGAAGAACGGUUGGGGAAGCAACCACUUCCACAGCUGCUGUGACAAGAAAGGUCCUACUUUAGUAGUGGUGAGAUCUGGAAACAAGAUUUUUGGAGGAUACACCGAGCAGAAAUGGGAUUGUAGCAAUAGCUACAAAAGAGAUGAUGCAGCUUUUCUGUUUAGCCUGGUUACUCCUUCAGGAUUGCCAAUCAAAAUAAAAGUCAAGGAAAACAUGACCAAUGCGAUAAAUUGUACCAGCAGCUAUGGGCCAGCAUUUGGAGGGGGUCCGGACCUGUGCAUUGUAAACACCCCAAACUCCUAUAAUUGCUCAACUAUCCUUGGCUCUACAUACGAGUGUCCACCAGGCCAGUCUGGGACGACGUUUUUGGCUGGAAGUCAGAAUUUUACCGUAACUGAAAUAGAACGUCACUUUUUUUACGUCUUGCUGUUUGUUUUUUUCAGACAUUUUUCCAAAAUGCUGUUGCUGUGUUACUUUCUUGCUUUGAUUCUUAUCUCCACUGAAUCUAAAGACGUAAAAACAGAGCAGUGCCAAAAAGACAAAGAACUCGAAAAAGUAGAUUGCCUCUUUGGGGAAAUUCAAGAAAUUCUAAAGCGUGCAUCACUCCGAGUUCGAAAGGAGAAGGAAGCCUUUGAUUCAGCAAACAAGAAGCUGAAGCAUGUCCACUUCUCCUCGACCGUAAAACUUAAUGUUGGCGGUCAAAUCUUCACUACAAGUCUGGAGACACUAACCAAAGAUGCUGGGUCAAUGCUGCACGCCAUGUUCUCUGGUCGUUUUGAUACCAAGGCAGCAGAAGACGGUAGUUACUUCAUCGAUCGAGAUGGCACGUGCUUCCGUUACAUUCUGAACUACUUGAGGACGGGGAAACUCUUGCUACCAGACGAUAGACUUGUGCGUAAAGAAAUACUAGAAGAAGCGAGGUUUUACCAGAUUGAAAGAAUUGUUAAUGAGCUUGACGUAAAACUUUAUAACGACUCUUUAAUUUUGAAUUUUGAUCAGGCGAAAUGGCUUGAAGCUGUUCACGGUAGAGAUAAGAAGUUCAGUAAAUGCAGUAUUUUGUACCGUGCCACGAGGGAUGGAUGGAGCUCCUCUAAUUUCCAUUCCAAGUGUAAUUCUUUCAAUGGACCUACCAUGGUAGUGAUCAAGAGCACAGGGGGGUACAUCUUUGGAGGAUACACCGAGCAGAGUUGGUCAGGUGGUGGCACAUACAAGUCUGAUUAUGCAGCAUUCCUAUUCAGCCUUGUCAACCCUGUGAGUACACCCCCUGUUCAAAUGAAGGUGUUUAGGAACCCGCAAAACGCUAUAUAUUGCAAUGACGGCUAUGGGCCUAUAUUUGGCGGGAACCACGAUUUGUUAGUCAGAAGCAAUCCUCAGUCGAAUAAAUGCGAUGUCAAUAUCGGUCAUACAUAUAAGCUUCCUUCAGGUCAAUCAGCAACAAACUUCUUAACUGGAGGUCAAAAAUUCAAAGUUGCUGAAAUGGAAGUCUUUGGACUUGAGGAAGAUCCAAACUUUUUAGCCAUGUCUCGUGAAUCCAGCGAUGAUGAAGUAGAACAGCUACCAAGUGACGAGGCAUUUGAAAAAGUAGAAGUGCGAGUACGAGAAAUCCAAGACAUCCUGAAGCGAGAAACACUUCGAGUUCGAAAGGAGAAGGAAGCUUUCGAUUCAGUGGCCAAGAAGCUAAAGCAYGUCCACUUCUCUUCGACYGUWAAACUYAAUGUUGGCGGUCAAAUCUUYACUACAAGUCUGCCGACACUAACCAAAGAUGCUGAAAUUCAUGACCCUAGCAUUAAGUCAACAAACGGUAAUUACUUCAUCGAUCGAGAUGGCACGUGCUUCCGUUAUAUUCUGAACUACUUGAGGACGGGGAAACUCUUGCUACCAGACGAUAGACUUGUGCGUAAAGAAGUACUAGAGGAAGCGAGGUUUUACCAGAUUGAAGGAAUUGUUAAUGAGCUUGACGUAAAACUUUAUAACGACUCUUUAAUUUUGAAUUUUGAUCAGGCGAAAUGGCUUGAAACUGUUCACGGUAGAGAUAAGAAGUUCAGUAAAUGCAGUAUUUUGUACCGUGCCACGAGGAAUGGACUUAAGGAACUUUUUAACAUGUCUGAUAAAUCUAGUGACAAAUCUGAUGAUAAAUCUGGUGACGACAAAACUGAAAUGACCAGGAGUGAAGCGUUCGAAAAGGUGGACUAUCAUGUUAAACAGAUUCAAGACAUCCUGGAUGUUGAAAUUGGUCGCGUUGAACAAGAAAGGAACGCAUUCGAAUCGGUGGCGAAAAAACUUGAACACGUUCACUUCUCUUCGACCAUUAAACUGAAUGUUGGUGGACAACUGUUCACUACAAGUCUUCAAACACUAACCAAAGAUGCUGGAUCAAUGCUGCACGCCAUGUUCUCUGGUCGUUUUGAAACCAAACCAGCUGAAGAYGGUAGUUACUUUAUCGAUCGAGAUGGCACACACUUCCGCUACAUCCUAAACUACUUGAGGACGGGGAAGCUSAGUUUGCCUGAUGACAAACUGAUACGAAAAGAUGUUCUAGAAGAAGCCAUGUUCUACCAAAUACAAGGCAUUGUGGAUGAGCUCAAUCAGAAGAUACCAGAGCCAAAGCCAGUGCCAAAGCCUGCCGAACCAGUGCAUUACAGCGACUCURCGAUCUUAACUCUCGGUCAUUCAAAAUGGCUGGUAUCUAUAAGGAAUUUAAGUAAAAGUAGCCUUUUGUACCGUGCCUCAAGGGACGGAUGGAGCUCCUCUAAUUUCCAUUMCAAGUGURAUUCUUUUAAUGGACCUACCAUGGUAGUGAUCAAGAGCACAGGGGGGUACAUCUUUGGAGGAUACACCGAGCAGARUUGGUCAGGUAAUGAUCAGUACAAGACCGACCAUUCUGCUUUCCUGUUCAGUAUCGUUAACCCUGGAGGUACAUCACCCGUACAAAUGAAGGCAGUGCAGAAUCAACAAAAUGCAAUAUAUUGCGCCAAUAGUUAUGGCCCGAUAUUUGGUGGGAACAACGACCUGCAAAUCUAUAAUAACCCUAAUUCAAAUAAUUGUUCUGUUAAUAUUGGUUAUACUUAUGUGCUUCCCUCGGGUCAGUCAUCAUGCUUCCUAACCGGUAACGGAAAUUUUAAUGUUGCUGAGAUGGAAGUCUAUGGACUUCAGAAGUAGACUGGUUUUCAUCACACUUUAAGGCUGGUUUGCAUGGAUGCGUGAUAAAAAUUUGGUAAAAUUUUACUUUUAAAAGAAAAAUAGUUUAAAACGUCAUAUGAUAUCCAACCAUGAAAGACUGUUUCAUCUCAGUUAUAUUCCUCAAAAUUGGUUAAAGAUAACUCGGCAUCGCCUUCUUUCUUCCAAACACCGCACCCGGCUUUCUCGUGUUUGAAAUGUUCUGUUAAAAUAGGGAAUCUAAGUGACGUAAUAGUUCUCAUUUGGGUGAUUAAAUUUAAAAUUAGUUAUAACUAAACCCGUAAAUACAGCACUAUUUUAUGUUUAACGGACUAACUCCAGCCUGCAUGUGCAUGGGAGUCGAUUGACUCCAGUUCCACAGGGAUCCCACUAGCGGAGGCAGAACGAAAGAUAUCUGUAACUUAGCAUAAAUGUAAAACAAUUAUACCGGUCUACUUUCAUUAAGGUCAUAUUAAAGAUAUACCCACUAUUUCAGA